UAAAUCUUCCGUUCGGCCUCUUCCAUCCCGCGCCGCCGUGCAACCAGGGCAGCCGCCGCCGUGCAACCGUCUGCAGCUCAGGUCAGGCCCCUCUCCGGUUCCACCCCCGCAAACGGUACUGCGCAACCAGCCACCGCCGGGCAGGAGGAUGCUCUCGCUGCGGGCGCCGCCCCGUACAUCCUCGCCCGCACCGUGGCGGCGACGGGGCCGCCACGGCGGUUUCGCCGCGCCGCGUUGUGCCAGUGCUGCAGCACCGGCGGCAACCCUAGAGACCGUUUCAUCGUCGCCGGCAAGCCUCUCCUUCCCGAUACUGGUGAAUGGCUGCACUGGUAAAAUGGGGGUAUCUGUUGCUGAAGCAGCUACUAAAAGGGGCCUUCACCUAGUUCCUGUUUCAUUCAGUAGUAGAGAGAACCUUGAUAAAACAGUUCAAAUCGGUGGUACAGAUGUUGAGAUAUAUGGUCCUUCUGCAAGAGAAGAUGUUCUUGCAUCCGUGAUUGAUGAAUACCCAGAUGUCAUGGUGGUUGACUACACGGCUCCUGAUUCUGUGAACUCUAAUGCUGAGCUUUAUUGCAAUCUUGGGGUGCCAUUUGUAAUGGGCACAACUGGUGGGAACAAGCAGUUACUAUACAAAACAGUGCAAGAUUCAAAUAACUAUGCACUAAUAUCUCCACAAAUGGGUAAACAGGUUGUUGCACUGCUUGCUGCAAUGGAAACAAUUGCAGAACGGUUUCCUGGGGCUUAUUCAGGCUAUCGCUUAGAGGUGUUGGAAUCCCAUCAAGCUGGCAAGCAGGACACAUCUGGUACAGCUAAAGAUAUGAUUGCUUGUUUCGAGAAGUUAGGCAUGUCGUGUGACAUGGAUCGGAUAGUUAAGAUUAGGGAUCCUGAGCAACAGCUUUAUAUGGUGGGUGUCCCUGAAGAACACAUUGGAGGGCAUGCAUUCCAUUUGUAUCAUAUGACUUCUCCAGAUGACAGUGUUUCACUUGAGAUCCAGCACAAUGUUUGUGGCCGUUCAAUAUAUGCUGAAGGGUCGGUUGAUGCUGCAGUAUUUCUGUAUAAGAAGGUACAAUCAAUGGAUCCUAAGAGAAUUUACAACAUGAUUGAUGUCUUGGAAGCAGGCGAUAUGCGGUGAAGUUGACUGACUACCUCUUCAUGAAUAUUUGCGAAAUUUUGAAUAGACUAGUGAGUAGCUGUAAAAUACUGUAGAUGAAUAUAACCUAGUCGCACUGUCCUAAACUCUUAGUGAAUGUUUUUUCUAGUGAAUGCACAUUAUGUUUAUUGAA